CACCCAUUUUUCUAUCACAAUCAGAGGGAGUGUGCCGGGUGCAAGAUGGUGUACUGCGGCUCGUGUCUCAAGCGAGGGAUGGAGGGCACGAGGCGGUGCAACAAGUGUGUGGUGCUGACCCAGUGGCCUUUGGACAUGAAGGAGUUGAUGGCACUCAGGGUGAAGGACCUCAGGCAGUUCCUCCACUCACAACGCAUCAACACUACCAUGUGCACAGAGAAGCGUGACCUCAUUGACCUGGUCACGCGAUACAUCAGCAGCCAGCACAGAACCACACCCAGUCAUCGCCCCCCGCCCCCCACGACAACCUCGCAGCGACCGCCACCCCACCCACCCCACACCACCAAUAACAACCCCAGCAAACACAGGUCCUCGCCGCGCACCCCCGCUGCACCCCAUGACGACGGGAUCCGAGUGCGCCCAAGCAGCAACAGUUCCAUGGGAAGCAUUAGGGUGCGGCCACUGGACAGCAUUAGGGUGAGACCAGGCCGCCUGCACUCGCCAGACCCAAACACAGACGCGGGUAUUCGGGUGUUCGCCUCGGAGCAGCAUGUCAACUCCCAGGACUCGCCAAGCACCUCCUCGCCGGCCUCUCCAUCGAGUGACGCGGCGUACCCUGAAGGGGAGGAGGAGGAGUGUUCACGCUGCCCUAGUGACUGGACGGCCUCGUGUUGCAGCCUUGACUCGUGCCAUAAUGGUACCGUGGGACACACGCACCACUGUCCUCAUCAUCAAGACAGCUCAAGCCCAAACAGUGGGGAGUGGGUGUUCGUCCCUGAGCAGAACACCCCCUCAGCCCCCCCGAGGGGUGAGAAUCAGGGGAAUGGGGACAGUGUGAGGGGGGUAAACAAUGUGCCCAUACCCCUGCCGCACCAUGGAGAGGUUGUGGAGAAUGGCAGACCAGCGGGGGAUGCCAGCAGCUCGUUCGAACCCACAGCGCCGCCACAGGAGCAGGAGGAGCGGCCAUCCUUUGAGGCCCCCACAGCAUCUUCAUCCUCGUCUGCGUCGUCCUCAGCCCCGACCUCUGCAGUCUCCUCUCCUGAGCCCACCAAAGGGGUGAUGGCUGGCAUCGUGGCCUUGGAGGACCUGAAGUCCGUGGAGGAGAUCCACAAGCUGAGUGUGAGGCAGUGCAAGGAGCUGCUGUCCCUGCACAGAGUGACCUACACCGGCGUGCGGGAAAAGUCCGAACUCCUCAGCAAGAUCAAGAUUCUGUGGGAAGACUACAGGACCUCGCGGCAAGAGCUGGAGAACUUACCUGAGGAGCUCAUUUGCAAGAUCUGCAUGGACAGCGCGAUAGACUGCGUCCUGCUGGAGUGCGGCCACAUGGUGUCCUGCACACAGUGUGGGAAGCAGAUGUCCGAGUGUCCCCUGUGCCGGCAGUAUGUGGUUCGGGUGGUGCGCACCUUCCGAGCCUGAGCCUAAGGUGACAGAGGCGGAUGCCCUGCUCUGGGGUGAGGGGGAUGUGUAGCUUUCGAGUGUGAUUCUAUGGUGACAGGGGGUAUGCGUGUCCCUUCGUGUGUGUGUGUGUGUGUGUGUGUGUCAUGGUGGUGAUGCGUACCUUCUGAGUGUGAGUCUAGGGUGACAGGUGUUUGAGGUUCCCCUGUGUUUGUUUGGUGAAGGUGAUGUGUAUUUUCUCAGCCUGAUUCUGGAGUGACAGGUGUUGAGUGUCUGUUGAGUGUCACCCUUGUGUGUUGUGGGGGUGACGUGAACCUUCCGAGUGUGAGUCUAGAGUGAUAUGUUCGAGGGUGUGGGUGGAUGGUGGUGUGUAUGGUGUGUACCCUCCAAUCCCUAGCAGUGGGUGAUGGGAGGUGUUCUGUGAGUAGUCUCUUGUAUGUGUGUGUGUGGUGAGGGUGGUGUGUUGGGUGACCACGCCUGCCCCCCGAGAGGAUGUGGAGGGUACAUGGAGGCCUUAAGUCUGUUUCGACACACACGAGCAGAGAUUUAUAUGAGUUUUGUGUAUUCUGUACAUAGCAGCAUUGAGUCUGUUUGUCUUGUAUUUUUACCAAGUGUUGCUAGAGGCUAAAACAGCUUGAAUGUAUAUUUGAGCUUAGGUGUGUGUGAGGCUGUGACGAUCCCCUCAACCCACACUGCUUGCUUGGUGCUCCUGUGAGGUUGGGUAGGUGGGGUGGGGUGGCGUUGUGGGUUCAUAAAGGAGUAAGUCUCACAGCUAAUCAAGUUCUGAAGUAGAUUCCUCUUUUAUUUGUUCAUCGGUACAGUUGUGGACAAAAAACACUCCAUGACUUAAUCUUCCAAAUACAUGUCUCCAGGCUGCACAUCUACACCACACUGCAAUUUAGAGUAUGCAAUUUACUAAGAUAAAUUUUGUUAACUUCAUCACUUGUUCCUUUUGUGCUAGGGACGCAUCAGUGGUUGAAAAUAAUAGAAUCACAAUAUAAUUCAAGGUAUGGAAUGUACUGUUAGAGAAUUUUUUGUGAACUUCCUCAGUUGUUCCUUUUAUGGGAUGCAUCUGUGUAUUUAAACAUGAGCAAUUGGAGAUAAUAAAACAAGGAUUUGAAACUGUUGGGAAGUACAGAGUGAAACUUGAACAGACAACCAGUAACGACACUUACUACAGGACGGCAAGCAGUGUGGGGGGAUGAGGUGGUGUGUGUGUGUGUGUGUGUGUGUGUGUGUGUGUGUGUGUGUGUGUGUGUGUGU